AUAAUAAUCGGAAGCUGCAGAGUCCAAUCUCCAAGGCAAAAUACACAGGCUCUCCUCCGGACGGGACUCAUUAUGGCAGCCGGCGAGUUCAAAGGGACCGAACUGAGCAUCCUGCUCGUGGGAAAAACUGGCAGCGGGAAGAGCGCCACGGGGAACACCAUCCUGGGCCGCACAGCCUUCGAAUCCAAGGUAGCGCCGCACGCGGUGACGAGGGGUUGCUCCAAAGCAGAAGGAAGUUUUCAGGGAAGGAAAAUCGCUGUCAUCGACACUCCCGGCCUUUUCGAUACCAGGGAAACCAAUGAAAAGGUGGCGGAAAAGAUUAAAGACGCCAUUCGCCACCUCUUCCCGGGGGUGCAUGCCAUCCUUCUGGUGAUGCAGCUGGGCCGAAUCACGAACGAAGAGAAGGAAGUGGCUGCCUGGAUAGCAAAGAUCCUGCGCUUUGAGGCACAGAGGUACACAAUCCUCCUGUUCACCCGAGGAGAAGAGCUUCAGAAGCCGGAGGAUAUCGAGAGUUUCAUAGAAGGCAGUCCGUAUCUCAAGGAGCUGAAAGCAAAGUUUGGAAACAGGACCGUUGUUUUCUGUAACAAAGAUGCAGAGAAAAAUGAUAAGCAGGUUUCAACGCUGAUUAGUAUGAUUGAUGGGAUGGUAGCAGCUAACUCUGAGAAUCCGUGCUACACACAAGAAAUGAUGAAGGAAGAUAUUUGGGGAGUCUUUCGAAGGUUUUGUACUAUACUGAGCGAGCUCUCCCAAACGAGCGAGCUCUCCCAAACAGGCGAGCUCUCCCAAACGAGCGAGCUCUCCCAAACGAGCGAGCUCUCCCAAACAGGCGAGCUCUCCCAAACGAGCGAGCUCUCACACACAAAGCUCCACAUGGGUGAUGGGAAAGUCAAGUGCUUAUGGAUCAGGGCAAGGGAGAAGGCCAACAAGGCUGCUCGCCUGGUGGGAGUCUGCCAUAGGCCACCCAAGCAGGACGAAGAGACAGAUGAGGCAUUCUACAAGCAGCUGGCAGAAGUCUUACCAUCAGUAGUGCUGCUUCUGGCAGAGAACUUCAACCAGAUAUCUGUUGGAAAUACAAAGAGGAGGGCCAAGAAGAACCUCCGUCCUUUGCUGAGUGCAACAAGGAACAUUGUCACCAAGGAUGAGGACAAGGCUGAGGUUCUUAGUGCCUUCUUUGCCUCAGUCUUUAACAUCCAGAUCAGUUCUCCUCAAGGUACUUGGCUCCCUGAGCUGGAAGACAUCUAUCGAGAGCAGAAUAAACCGCUCAUAAUCCAGGAGGAAACGGUCAGUGAGCUGCUACUCCACUUGGACACCCACAAGUCUAUGUGGCCAGAUGGGAUCCACUCAACAGUUCUGAAGAAGCUGGCAGAAGUGCCCACCAAGCCAUUCUCCAUCAUCUAUCAGCAGCUGUGGUCAGAAGGGGAGGACCCAGGCAACUGCACGCUGGCCAAUGUGAUGCCAUCUACAAGAUGGCGUGGAGGGGGACGGUCGCCUGCCUUGGCAGAGCGCCUGUUGCAGCGGGACAGCGCGCAGCGCGGCCCCGACGGCGCCGCUCCCGCCAUGCUCCCGGUGCGGCUGCUCCUGGUCGGGAAGAGCGGCAGCGGGAAAAGCGCCACCGGGAACACGCUCCUCGGAGAGGCAGUGUUCGAGUCCAGGCUGGCGCCACAGCCGGUGACCACGAGCUGCGCGAGAGCGCAGCGGCGCCGGGACGGCAGGGACGUCACCGUGGUCGACACGGCCAGUAUUUUUGACCUGAGCUCUCGCAGCGGUGGCUUGUACGGAGAGAUCAUCCGCUGCAUUGAGCUGUCCUCGCCCGGGCCCCACGCACUGCUGCUGGUGACGCAGCUGGGCCGCUUCACGGCGGAGGACGAGGCGGCCGUGCAGGCUCUGCAGGACAUCUUUGGACCUACAGUUCUGAGGCACACGAUCGUCCUGUUCACACGCGUGGAGGAUCUGGUGGGGGGCUCGCUGCACGAUUACGUGCGCUAUGCGGACAACAGGGCUCUCCGAGAGCUGCUGCAGCGCUGUGGGAACCGGUACUGCGGCUUCAGCAACAGCACCACGGGCGCCGCGCGGGACCAGCAGGUCGCUCAGCUGCUGGGCAUGGUCCAAAGGCUGGUGCAGGAGAACGGGGGCGGCUGCUUCCAAAACGAGCUCUACCUGGAGGCCUCGUUGACCGAGGAGAAGGUGCUGUGUCGCAUGGAGCAGUACAGAGCAGCCAGGGAGCAGAGCGGGAAACGCCGCCCCGUGCCGUACAAGAUCGUCCUCCUGGUUGGCGGCAUAAUUCUCCUCGUUGUUGCUGUGGUUUUCCUUGUUUUCCUUAUUAGGGGCACGGGCAGAGCAGUUGAGGCUGGCAGGGACUUCCGGGGACAAUUGGGUCCCACGCAGAGCUGGUUGCCCGGGCCGUGACUAGCCCGCUUCUAGCUUCCUCAGGGUGGAGGCUCCACAUCCUCCCUGCGCUGUUCUAGUGCUCCCAAUAAAGAGAGCUUUUCCU